AUGCGCCGACUAUUGCUCAUCGUCCUACUCCAGCUACUACUCGUAGCCCACGCACUUGAGACGACCGUCACUAGGCGCUUUGAGCUGCACGGCAAGGUCUUUAGUGUCUCGGUUCCGCCCGGCGUCGAGCCGAUUGACGCGAUCGCCGCCUUUCGCCACGAGCACAACCUCUCGCUGGCGUUCCAGCACACGGCGCUCGAGACCUUUUGCAGCGCCUUGCCCUGUACCCGAGCAGCGCCGAUCGUGUUUUCCGCCAAAAUCACUGGCGACAACGGUGCGUCCAUCGGGAAUUUUGAGCUCCUCGACGGCGACGAGCCGGCGGACGCGGUCGCUGCGUUCUGCCGACAGCACACGCUCGGGCCUGCCUUUCAACGGCAAAUGAUUGGCUCCAUUUGCGCCCAAGCAUCCGUGCGCUGUUUGCGACACCGCGCCGUGGCCCUUCAGCAAGGCUUCACGGGAGACCACGGGUCGUCGCUCGGUGUGCUCACCAUCUACGACGACGAGGCGCCUCCGGACGCGGUGUUUGCCUAUCUUCAGCCGUGGUUUCCCGAACGGAGCAGCCUCGAGAGCAUGCUGCAGCAGGUGCUUGGCUACGUCUGCAGUCGCUUGCCCUGCGACCGGACGAUUCCGAGGCUCUUCCACCGCCACAUUCAAGGCCCGGACGGCGUCGACCUCGGCGUCCUCGAUAUCUACUACGGACAAGAGCCCAUUGAUGUCAUUUCCGCCAUGCAGCCGCCCCUUGACCGCGAGUUGCAGCUGUCGCUCCUUCAAACCGUAUGCGCCGAGCCGCUCGUCUCACCGUACUGCACACGCGAUCGCGUGCUCGUCUUCUCGGCGCCAGUGCAGUUUGAUGCGGACGGGCCGUCGAUCGCGGUGACGCUCUACGACGGUGACGAGGUCGCCGACGUCAUCUACGCUCUCGGACGCCGCUACAACUUGACAGUGUCGAUGCGCCACGGGCUCUUUGAUGCGCUUUGCAACCGCCCGCCAAUCACGUGCACUCGGGGCCGCGCCAAGCUGUACGACCGCCUCGUCACCGACGACGAAGGCAACGCCAUUGGAUCGGUCGUGGUGCUGGACGGCGACGAAGCGGCCGACAACGUCUUUGCCUUUGCUGCCGCCCACAGUCUCCCAACCGGCUUUCGCGACGACUUGCUCAACCGCGUCUGCCACGAUCUCAAGGCCUCUGUCAACGUCACGUGCAGUCGCUGGGCGCCAUUGCUUGCUUCGAUUCCCAUCAAAAUGAACAUGUCGGACCCCAACCCACUCGGCUACGUCGACGUGCUCGACGGGGACGAACCGGUCGACGCCGUCUACCGGUUUGGCGUCCAGCACAACCUCGACGCGCAGCAGCAAGCGUCCAUCAAGGACGGCAUUUGCAAUGCCUUGGACGUUGCUUGCACGCGGGAGCGGAGUCUUGUGUACGUCGCCCCCAUCCACGGCGAACACGUACCGUUUUACGGCGACGACGAGCCGGCCGAUGUGGUCUACUGGUACGGCACGCUGCGCAACUGGACGUUUUUCGAGCGGCAAGAGUGGCUCCACGCGCUCUGUCGCCUCGAGCGCGCGGCCAUGCCGCUUCUCAACUGCACGCGGGCCGAAGCGCGCGUGUUCCACCUGCCCGUCAUGGACACCGCAACCGAGAAGCUCGGCGACCUCGACGUCUAUGAGGAUCAGGAGCCUGUCGACGUCGUCUACGCCUUCCUCGACAAGCACGACCUCUUUCAAACCGCGCCCAUCAACGAGACGCUGCUCAACCUCACGUGCAGCCAUGUGUCCUGCGCUCGGCUUCGGCCGCGGCGCAUUCUCUUUAGCCUCCAAGCGACGUACGCUGGCUUGCCGCACAAGAUCGAGUACGUACCCCCCGAAGACGACUGGGUUUGCACCGAGCUCUACCCGGGGCAAAAGCGCUGCGAACAUUACGUCCAAGUGCGCGCGGCCGCGUACUGCGCAAAGUACAUGGCGACGUGGGCGACGUGUCCAGACAUUAUUGGCCGCGCGCUGCGGUCGCACUUGGACGUGUACGAAGCGGCCAUGUGGCGCGGGAAGGACCUGUACGCCAAGCUCGGGCUCGUCAAGGGCGCGAGCAGCGACGAGAUCGAACACGCCUACCACGUUCGCGUGCUCCGGUACAACAACGGGACUGAGCCGCAGAAGUACGAGAAGCUGCAAGCCGCCUACGACACCUUGCACGACCCCGUGAAGAAGCACUACUACGACCUGCCGUGCAUGAAGUUCUUUGGUCUCUGCGGCAAGCGCCAGCCCGACGGCGGCAUCUCCAUCAGCGCCGACUAG